ACAUCUGACCUGGAAAUGCGACCAUUAUGGGGCCAUCAGCAUAAGGACCCAAAGAAACCAACUAACUUACUGGCCAUGGCUGUGGGAAUAAAACAAAAAGAGAACGUUAACAAAAUUGUCAAGAAGUUUCCUUCAAGUGACUUCGUUGUAAUGCUUUUCCAUUACGAUGGAAUUGUGGAUGAAUGGAAAGAUUUAGAAUGGAGCCGCCACGCCAUACACCUAGCCGCUACCAAUCAAACCAAGUGGUGGUUUGCAAAGCGUUUUUUACACCCAGAUAUUGUUUCAGAGUAUUCUUUUAUCUUCUUGUGGGAUGAAGAUAUUGGAGUUGACAACUUCGAUCCUGGAAGAUACCUUAAGAUUAUUAAAGAAGAAAGGUUUGAGAUAUCACAACCAGCACUUGAUCCUAACAGGUCAGAGGUGCAUCAUCAACUGACAAAGAGACACAAGGGAUCAAGAGUUCACAGGAGGGUAAACAGGAGGAUUGGCAGGUCAAGGUGCGAUAAAAAUGUCACAGGUCCUCCGUGCUCUGGGUUUGUAGAAAUGAUGGCUCCUGUUUUCUCAAAAGCAUCCUGGCGCUGUGCUUGGUACAUGAUUCAGAAUGACUUGGUUCAUGGAUGGGGCGUGGAUUUUCAGCUUGGUUACUGUGCACAGGGUGAUCGGACAAAAAACAUAGGGAUUGUUGAUUCUGAGUACAUAAUUCAUUAUGGUCUUCCUACACUUGGAGGUUCUGCAGAGAACAAGGCACAGCCAUUGUCGAAGCAACCUCAUGAUAGACAAAUGGUGAGUGUAAGCUUUCAGGCCUCUUCUGUUGUUAAGUUUAAUGGGCUUAAUUACCCUGAAUGGAGUGAACAAAUUCAGUUUCACUUGGGUGCUCUAGAUCUUGAUUUGGCAUUGUUGGAAGAUAAGCCCACUGCUCUCACUAAUUCUAGCAGCAAUGAACAGAGAUCUUUCUAUAAAGUUUAG